AUGUCUGUGAAGAGAUCCAAGAAUCAAAUACGUAGAGAAAGGCUCAAGAAGAGGAAACUUGAGGAGAAGAAUGUGGAGAAUAGUGACAAAAAGGACACCUCGCCAGAACUUACACGAGGUCCAACCUCAUCUGGAUCCAACGCAACAGAACACCAACCAACUACUUCAAUUCCAGAUAUAAAAAUAGAUGAAAAUGACCCCCUACUACAGCAGUUUGGAUCCGUUUUGGCAAAAUUCAAUCCUCCUCUGCCCAAAGAGGGAGGAUUUCAAGUUGUCGAAAGUCUGAACAAACAUUCGUAUACUGACGAAGAGGAUGAUGAUGAUGCAUCAGAUGAAUCCGAUAAAGACGACGAAACACAGAAAUCCAUCUCCUUGUCAAAACGACAAUUGAGGCUACGAAAUAAAGUGCCUCUAUCAUCCCUCAAAAUGUCUACACACCGACCGGAAAUUGUCGAACCAACCGAUGCCGACGCUCUAGAUCCAUACUUGCUAGUGCACAUUAAAUCACAGCCCAACAUCGUACCCGUCCCAUCACACUGGAGCUCCAAGCGUGAUUACCUUUCAUCAAAACGUGGCAUAGAAAGACCGCCGUUCCAAUUACCGAAAUUCAUUAGAGAUACAGGCAUAGAGGAAAUGCGCCUGACUGUUCCGGGAACUGGUGGUGACGAUGGCCGUACGUUGAAGCAACAGCAACGUGAUCGAGUUCAAGUGAAAUUGGGAAGAUUGGACAUGGAUUACGAGAAGCUAUACCGGGCGUUUUUCCAAAACCAAACCAAGCCGAGAUUAUCCGCGUUUGGUGAAUUGUACGAAGAGGGCAAGGAGUUGGUUGAUGAGUUGACCAAUGAGGCGAAACAUUAUAAACCAGGUGUGGUUUCAAAAACGUUGAGAAAGGCGUUGGGCAUGAAUGAGCAUGAUUUGAGCAUUGCUCCUGCGUGGGUUAUAAUUAUGAAGGAUAUUGGUAAGCCGCCGUCUUAUCGGGAUUUGAUUAUUCCUGGUGUGGAUGAGGAGUAUAAUAAUGGUGGGUAUAGAGAUAGGCAUGCAGAUGGGGAGGCACGAAUUGAGCAUUGGGGGAGAAUCAAGUCAGUUGUGGAGGACGAUAGUGAGGAGGAGGAUGAGGAGGAGGAGGAGGAGGAAGAGGAGGAAGAUAGAGACGAGAAUGCCGUGGAGAAUGAAAAAGAUGGCAAUGAAAAGAGAGAGUUACAAGAAGCAGAUAGUAUUGAAACUGCACCUGUCGUCAUUGAUAAUGACAGUAGCAGCGAUGAUGAUGAUGAUGAUGAUGAUGAUGAUUCCACUAAAAAACUGUCUCUCAAAGACGUGCUAUUUAAGAUGUUUGAAAAUGAAAAGCCACCUGAAUCAGAUUCUUAG